GGUUUGUGUGACUGGCACAGAAUGUCCUUGCAACAGAGCUGGGAGCUGUGUGUUCAUGUGAAUAGGGGGUGUGCAGAUAAUGGCACAAAAUCUGCCCCUUCCUGAUGCUGCAUUACCCCCCAUGGAGAAGUCCUCAAAAGAUUUCACUGAGGAUGCUGAGUCUGUGGUGGUGGCUGAGAAGAGUAUUUGGAGAUCCAGGGAUUGGCUUAGAUUUGCUCCUCUUUGGAUAAUUCUGGUUCUGGUGGCUGCUGUGGGAAUUACGUGGUACCUUCUUGAGGUGGGAUCGCCGUCGGUGCUACAGACCAGCAAACUCUAUGCCUGCAAUUUACGAGUUGUUAGCCAUGAACUCACAUAUGACCUUACUCGUCCUGAGAGCAGCACAUUCAGAAGCGAAGCCGCUCACCUACAGAAACUGGUAAAUGGACUUGUUUUGGCAUCCGAAUUGGCCGUUUAUUAUAACUCCAGCACAGUCUAUGCCUUUGGGGAAGGCAGUCUGAUGGUUUACUUUUGGGUGAGCUUGGAGGUACCGGACACUCACAGCCCAUAUGUCACCGUGUCAUCCGUUAAAACAGCACUUACCAGAGUCCUGAAAUCCAAGAUUAGCAAAAAAGGAACCUACAUAUUUGAUCAGUACCAUGUGGACCCUGACUCACUGGAUAUACAGGAGGCAAGUUGGCAGGACAAGCAGCUGCACUUUUCGGGUGUUGGUUGCUAUAGGUACACCUAUGUGAGGGCUGGCCAGGAAAUUCGUUUGAAGGGCCCAGAUUACCUCUCUCCAAUAUGCGUGUGGCAUCUACAAGGUCCUCCUUCAAGUCUUCUGAAGCUUUGGCUCAAAUGGACUCGUCCUGACUGCAGAGACAGACUGGCAAUGUAUGAUUCUGCUGCCCCCUUGGAGACUCAUCUCAUCACUUCACACUAUGGAUGCAGUCGUCAGGAACCAGUGGCUGAGGUGUUGUCUUCGGGUAGUGUGAUGCUGGUUGUAUGGAAGCAAGGAAUGUACAGUUACUAUGACCCAUUCAUACUCACAGUGCAACCAUUGCCUGUUCAAACCUGUGAACACAGCAUCAUGCUAAAAGAAGGACUGGAAAUCCAAGGACAACUCCAGACCCCAUACUACCCAAGCUACUACCCCCCAAAACCUCAGUGUACCUGGAACAUGACUGUUCCCUCUCCAGAGUAUGGGGUUGUUCUGCGCUAUGAAGGAUACAUGCUGACACGACGGUACACAUAUGCUCCAUGCAUGCAGGGACAGUGGCAAAUCCAGAAUCGAAGGAUGUGUGGACUACGCGUGCUCAUGCCCUAUGCUGAAAGAAUUGUCCCAAUCUCUGGCAAUGUCACUAUAUCUUUUAGCUGCCCUACCACACUGACUGGGCCAGGAGUGCAGGCCUCCUACAGCCUUUUCAAUCAAUCAGAUCCUUGCCCAGGGGAGUUUUUGUGUGUAAUAAAUGGGAUGUGUGUGCCUCUCUGUGAUGGUGUUAAGGAUUGUCCAAAUGAACUAGAUGAGAGAAACUGUGUGUGCCCGGCUCAAUACCAAUGCUCAGAAGCUGGCUCAUGCAUCAGUGUGUUCCAGGUCUGUGAUGGCAAAACAGACUGUCAAAAUGGCACUGACGAGGAGCACUGCCACCAAGCUGUUCCUUGUGGCCCCUUUACAUAUAAAUGUGAGGAUGGAAACUGUGUUAAGAAGCCAAAUGCCGAAUGUGACUCCAUAAAUGACUGUGUUGACGGAUCUGAUGAAAGGAAAUGCGACUGUGGAGUCCAGGCCAUUGGGAGCCGUGUAGCGAGUCGCCUAGUUGGGGGAACAAUCUCACAAGAGGGAGAGUGGCCAUGGCAAGCAAGCCUCCAAGUCCGUGGGGCACACAUGUGUGGUGGUUCCUUGGUGUCUGAUAGGUGGAUCCUGUCUGCAGCUCAUUGUUUCCAUCAAGAAAGUUACUCUUCGCCUGAUGUAUGGACAGUGUCCUUGGGUAAGGUCAGACUGAGCCGUAACAGCCCAAAGGAAAUGUCUUUCAAGGUCACACGGUUGGUUAUCCACCCUUUCUAUGACGAUGAGUCCCAUGACUAUGACGUGGCACUUGUACUCUUGGACCAUGCUGUCCCUCUCACAUCCCCACACGUUCAGCCCGUCUGUCUCCCUGCUAGCAACCACCACUUUCCUACUGGAAAUAUCUGUUGGGUGACUGGCUGGGGCGCUGUCACAGAGGAUGGGCCUACCAGUGAUACGCUCCAAAAGGUGGAUUUACAGCUGAUUUCUCAAGAUAUCUGUUCAGAACUUUACCGCUAUCAGAUUUCUCCAAGGAUGUUCUGUGCUGGGUACAGAGAUGGAAGUAAAGAUGCAUGCCUGGGUGACUCUGGCAGCCCACUAGUUUGUAAAGAACCAGGGGGGCGCUGGUUUCAAGCUGGAUUGGUGAGUUGGGGUGCUGGCUGCGGUAUCCCCAAAUAUUUCGGAGUUUACAGCCGCAUAACCAGACUUGUUGGAUGGAUCAAAAACGUCACAUCACCAAGUAAUCCAUAGUGAACACGUAAAGAGUAAAAAUUAGAAUAUAAUAUACCUACAUACAUUGCAAAUAGCUUCAAGGCAUUUACUCGUUAAUUUCCCCCGAAAAGGAGCACAAGCUACAUCAAUGGAAAGAUGGAGUCAAUAAUCUCUACACAGUCCAUAUAUCCCAUCAAGGAAAAAAAAACUUUGCAGCGGUGCCAUUCAGACCCUAUAAAGAGGCAUCAAGAACCUCUAUUAAGCCCGACAAGGAGCAUAAGUUACAUAAAUGGAAAGAUGGAGUCAAUAAUCUCUACACAGCUCACAUAUCAAGAAGAAAAAAAUCACCAGUGUCAUUUAGACACAAUAAGAAGGCAUUAAGAACCUUGGAAUACCUUAAUGAUUAACCAAGUUAGUGAUGAAGAGAUGUUAAGUAGCCAUCACCUAAAUGUCACAAACUAGGAAAUAGUUGGAUGAUCACAUGUAAAAUAUAGAAAUGUAUAAGUACAGUAUGAUAUUCACCCUGGGAGUUAUGAGUAUACAUGAUAACUUUAAAGGUGAAUCAAUAAAUUUUCCUUGGCACAUACUUUGUUGUGUUGAGUAUUGUGUGGUAGGAUUUAAUAAAACUGGUGGGAUUUGAUGAAA